AAUGAUGAUGGCAAUGUAAAUAACAAUACAGAUAAAAACAAAUUAAACAAUCCAAUUAAAAAAAGAGUUAUAGAAAUUUUAUAUCCAAGACCACCAAGAUUUAUAGAUAGUGUUGGUACAGGUUUUAAAAAUGGUUUAAUGGUUGGUCUCGGUAUAGGUAUAGUAACACCAGUUUUGUUUAGAGGAAAGGUCGAACCUGUAAGUUCAUUUUUAAAGAGUGUCAUUAAUGCAACAUUUUUGGGUACCACAUUCAUGGCAACAUCACAUAUACUCCAAUAUCAAUUAUUAUUUCCACCAUUUUCAACCUACACAUUCUCUGGUAUUAUUACUGGUGGUAUUACAUCAGCCCUAUUAAAUCCAUCAUCAUUCGCAAAAGGUGCCGUUUCAGGUGGUGCUUUUGGUGCCAUUGGUUUCUUUGCUUUCAAAAAAUUCUAUCAACAACAACAUAACGAUAUGUUAAUUAAAGACAUUGAGGAAUUAAGAGAAUUAGUCGAAUCUAAUAUGGAAUCUCUCGAGUUAAAUAAACGUGAUAAAGAUUUAUAUAAUAUGUUAAUUCAAGGUAUCGAUAACAGAAUCAUAGAGAACAACAACCAAAAUCAAAAACCUGAUGAACCUAUGACUCUUUCUAGAAUUUUUAAAGCCAUUUCCCCAAUUAAAGAGAUUACAGAAGAAGAAAAGCAAGAAAUUAUAAAAAGAAAUAAAGAAAGAAACCAGUCUUUUGUUUUAGAUUUUUCAAGAAAAAUACCAUCUAAUGAUGAUAAUAAUAAU